AUGACCAGGGGUGCUUGGAUGUGCAGUCGGCAGUAUGAUGACGGCUUAAAAAUCUGGUUCGCACCCCGGGAGAACGAGAAACCCUUCACGGAUUCAGAGAGGGCUCAGAAAUGGCGACUGUCCCUGGCAUCGCUCUUGUUUUUCACAGUCCUGCUCUCUGAUCACUUGUGGUUCUGCGCCGAGGCCAAAUUCACGGGGACCGGAGAGAAGGAGCAGCCGCCGCCCGAGAAGCCGGAGCCCGCGGAGCCGGAGCUGCUGGCGGGCAUGGGGGAGCCGGCGCCCCCCGCGCCCCGGCUCCUCGCCCCCCCCUCGCCCUCCCUCCCGCCCUCCCCCGGCAGCAGCGGCGGCGGCAGCCGCGGCAGCCGCACCAACGGCACCGAGCCCCGGCCCGGCAAGGCUGCUUUCCUGGGGAACUCCACGGCCAGGCCCCUGGAGACGUGCCCCCCGCCGGGCUCCUCGUCCGGGCAGUGCUUCAGCGUGGGGGACGCGGAGGCGGUGUGCCGGCGGCGGGGGGGGCCGGGGCGGCCGCGGGGCGCGGGGCAGAGCCCGGCGCCCGGCUGGGACCUGUCGGAUUUUUACCUUUCCUUUUGUAAUUCCUACACACUUUGGGAGUUGUUCGCCGGGUUGUCCAAUCCGGACACUUUGAACUGCAGUCUGGAUGUGGUGCUGAGGGGGGGAGGCUCCUGCAGCCAGUGCGUCCAGGCUUACCAGCGCUACGACCAGCACGCUCAGGAGAAAUACGAAGAGUUUGAGGUUAUGCUCCAGAAAUAUUUACAGUCGGAUGAGUACUCGGUGAAAUCGUGUCCCGAGGAUUGUAAGACUGUCUACAAAGCCUGGCUCUGUUCCCAGUAUUUUGAAGUCACACAGUUUCACUGCAGCAACAGAAUUCCUUGCAAGCAAUACUGUUUGGAGGUUCAGACGAGGUGUCCCUUUAUAUUACCGGACAAUGAUGAUGUCAUCUAUGGAGGACUAUCAAGUUUCAUCUGUACAGGGCUCUAUGAAAACUAUCCAACCAAUGCAGAACCAGAAUGCUGUGAUGUCAGAUGGGGACUAUUACCAGAUCAUCAAUCCAAAGGGACUAUAAAAACAAGUGGCUCAACAGUGUGUCACAGGACAUCGCUCACAGUUUCAUCAGCAUCAAGACUGUGUAACAGCAGACUUAAACUGUGUGUUCUUGUAUUAAUUCUCUUACAUACUGUACUUACAGUCUCAGCAGCACAGAACUCAACAGGAUUGGGCUUUGGAGGCAUAACAACUUUGGAAGAUAAUUCAACCAAUGAGGAAUAA